CUCUGCAGAGGCCGUUGGACCUGCUUGCAAUCCUUGCACCAAAAGCACAGCUGGGGGGCGGAGGGUAGGUGUUUGGGUGGGGGUGUUGCUGGCUGAACCUCCCCCCCCCCUUCACACACCCCCGGCUCAGACCCUCCUUCGGACCGAAGAUCACGUUGCCUUUUGUUUGCCUAAGAUAAAGCCAGGCAGGCCGGGCCGCUCGGCUGUCCUAAGGGAAAGGUGGCGUGGCUUCCUUUGUUCGGAGAAGUUUCUGCCUUCGGAUUUCGCCUCCUCAGCCUGGACUGACUCCCCCCCGCCCCACUCCCGAUUUCACACUCAUUUGCAUAGCCUUGCAUUGCAAUUGAAGCAUUGCAUCUGCACGGCGUGGAACAUUCACCUCGCCUUGCAAAUAUAAGGCCACUUUGCACGCCCCCCGCCCCCCGGGGCAGUCCUCUCCGGCGAAGACUUCACUCCCGUCGCGGGGCUUUGCAAGAGCUGAAGGCAUUUCGGGAAUUCCCUUUCUGGUUGCCAGAGGAAACCCGAACCGACGCUCGGCGGCUCGCGAAGGCUCCUGAGCCAGACGCCGCCGAAGGACCACCCCGGCCGGCUCCGGUCGAUGCCUUCCCCCAAGCAGAGCCAGCCUGCGAGCGGGACCCUUGGAAGGCGGGCGGGCGGUUAGCUGGUGGACCCCCCCACCCCUCCAGACGCCCCUUUGCCCACCCGGUCCCGGGCAGCUGCAAGGACCCUCGCGAUCCCAGGCCAAGGAGAGGCGACCGCGACCGCCCUCUCCCCCCGGCCAGCUUGCAAGUUCCCCGGGGCGCUGCGCCAGCCCCGCACCGAUGGAGUCUUUCCGGCGGCUCCUGCUGCUGCUGGCUUGCGUGCCUGUGCACGGCUUGCAAGAGACUUCAGUGGAGAGCUGCUGUGCUAAUGGAUACGAGUGGGCGAGCCAGAAAAGAGACUGCAGUUCUCUGCCCUUAAAUCUCGACUCCAGAGAAUGCAGCAUCGCUCAGGAGCAGUGCUGUCUCAGUCUCAUGGGAGGCGUGCUGCCUCUGAAUGCAACGCCCCGGCAAGCAAGAAGACUGCCAGUCGCACGAAGGUAAUUCUACCUGUGAAGACAAAAUCGUGAAGAAAUGCUGUUACUGCUGCUUUAUGGGGAAUGUGGCUCGAAAGCAAGGGAACAGCUGUGAACAGAGCCUGCAGAUGGGAUAUCAGUGCGGACUGGUCUUCAGAGCUUGCUGUGUUGAGGGGCAGGAAGACGCUGACCCAUCAGUUGUGGACGGCCCCAACAGAGACUUAGCACUACCAGUAGAGGUUGACCACGAGGACCCUUACCGUCAUGACCGUUGCAGAGGAGGUGGUCCUUGCACACAGCAAUGUAGGGAUACAGGGUCCAGUGUUCUCUGCUCUUGCUUUAUGGGCUACCAGCUUCAGCCAGAUGGCUUCACUUGCGAAGAUAUCAAUGAGUGUAUCACUGCAGACCACAAUUGUGGCAUUGGACAAAUUUGUAUCAAUACGCUAGGAUCUUUCCGUUGUCAACGCGAGACCAGUUGUGGAACUGGUUAUGAACUAACAGAGCAAAAUCUUUGCAAAGAUAUUGACGAGUGUGAGACUGGUACUCAUAACUGCCUCCCCGAUUUUAUCUGUCAGAAUACUCCAGGAUCCUUCCGUUGCCGGCCCAAGCAACAGUGCAAGAGCGGCUUUAUACAAGAUGCGCUCGGCAAUUGUAUUGAUAUUAAUGAGUGCCAAAGUGAGAAUCCACCAUGCUCAACCGGCCAGACGUGUAUCAACACGGAUGGCUCUUUUGCUUGCCAGCGGACUGUGCCCAACUGCGGCCGGGGCUAUCACCUUAAUGAAGAAGGGACCAGAUGUGUCGAUGUGGAUGAGUGCUUGGCACCUAAUCAUCCCUGUGGAGAAGGUCACAUUUGUAUCAAUUCCCCUGGCAGCUACCGCUGUGAGUGUCGACCGGGCUACUAUUUUGAUGGGAUCAGUAGAUCUUGUGUUGAUGUGAAUGAAUGUCGACGUUACCCUGGUCGCCUGUGCGCUCACAAAUGUGAAAACACACCUGGAUCUUACUACUGCAGCUGUACUAUGGGUUUCAGACUUUCACCUGACGGGAGGUCAUGCGAAGAUCUGAAUGAGUGUGAAAGCAAUCCCUGCAGCCAAGAGUGUGCUAAUGUGUAUGGUUCUUACCAGUGCUAUUGUCGUCGGGGGUAUCAGCUUAGUGAUGUGGAUGGAAUCACCUGUGAAGAUAUUGAUGAGUGUGCCUUACCGACUGGAGGACAUAUAUGUGCCUAUCGAUGCAACAACGUUCCGGGCAGUUUUCAGUGUACUUGCCCCUCUUCUGGUUAUAAGCUGGCAUCAAACGCGCGGAACUGCCAAGAUAUUGACGAGUGUGUUACCGAAACGCAUACCUGUUCCCACAACGAGACCUGCUUUAACAUUCAGGGAGGGUUUCGUUGUCUGUCUUUGGAAUGCCCAGAGAAUUAUCGCAAAUCUGGUGAUAAUAUCAGGCAGGAGAAGACAGAUACUAUUCGCUGCAUUAAGUCAUGUCGACUGAACGAUGUCAACUGUGUGUUGGAUCCAGUGCAUACCAUUUCCCACACGGUUAUUUCGCUGCCCACAUUCAGGGAGUUUACAAGGCCUGAAGAGAUUAUAUUCCUCCGUGCCAUCACUCCUGCAUACCCGGCCAACCAGGCGGACAUCUUCUUUCAAAUCGCAGAAGGAAAUCUGCGGGAUUCGUUCGAUAUAGUCAAGCGCUACAUGGACGGCAUGACUGUCGGUGUGGUUCGCCAGGUCAAGCCUAUUGUUGGCCCUUUCUAUGCCACCCUGAAGCUUGAAAUGAACUACGUUGUGGGAGGAGUCGUCUCUCACCGCAACAUUGUCAACGUACACAUCUUUGUCUCUGAAUACUGGUUCUGAAUGCGCUGGCCACCUCGAUGCGAGCGGAAGAGCAGCGAAGAGUGACACCACUGCAAACUCUAAAAAGUUAUAUACCCUUUGUAUGUUGGGGGGGGGGGGGUCUUCUAAGACCAAAUGCUUUUUUCCCUCCAAAGAUGAUAUCUGGUUUAUUGUUUAAAAGAACAAAUACCAAACAAUCUAAAAUAAGAACUAGGAUGGAACAUUGUCUUGCAGUGUUAUCCAGUUGGAUUGUUUUGAUGGUUUCAAUAAAUUAAGUGUCUGGUUACCUGACCUCCUACUGUUUGCUAAAUGUCUUCUGAAGGCCCUUCAGACAGAAAGCUGCAUGCAACAUUUUGCCAGAUCGGAGUUUUGUCUGUCUUCAUCUUGUCUUUUUAGGACACCUUGCUUGCCUAUAAGGUUAACUUUUCUGCUGUAACAAUCAGGAAGUCACUUAACUCUCCAGUCAAUUUGGGGUCUUAAGGCAUAUGUUAAACUUUUGCUUCUAACCUACUUCAUAACCUGUGUAUUCUCCUACAGUAAGAGGGUUGGUUGUUUUAUGGCGAUUCAAGCACCCUUCCUUAAGCAUGUAUAUUUUUAAUUUAAAAUGCUAAUUAAAAUGAUAUUCAGAAAGCCCCAAUUAAA